AUGACUACUGAAAAAACCGUUGUUUUUGUUUCUGGUGCUACUGGUUUCAUUGCUCUACACGUAGUGGACGAUUUAUUAAAAACUGGUUACAAGGUCAUCGGUUCGGGUAGGUCCCAAGAAAAGAAUGAUGGAUUGCUGAAAAAAUUUAAGAGCAAUCCCAACCUUUCAAUGGAGAUUGUCGAAGACAUUGCUGCUCCAAACGCUUUUGACAAAGUUUUUCAAAAGCACGGCAAAGAGAUCAAGGUUGUCUUGCACAUAGCUUCUCCGGUUCACUUCAACACCACUGAUUUCGAAAAGGAUCUGCUAAUUCCUGCUGUGAAUGGUACCAAGUCCAUUCUAGAAGCAAUCAAAAAUUAUGCCGCAGACACAGUCGAAAAAGUCGUUAUUACUUCUUCUGUUGCUGCCCUUGCAUCUCCCGGAGAUAUGAAGGACACUAGUUUCGUUGUCAAUGAGGAAAGUUGGAACAAAGAUACUUGGGAAAGUUGUCAAGCUAACGCGGUUUCCGCAUACUGUGGUUCCAAGAAAUUUGCUGAAAAAACUGCUUGGGAUUUUCUCGAGGAAAACCAAUCAAGCAUCAAAUUUACGCUAUCAACCAUCAACCCAGGAUUUGUUUUUGGCCCUCAGCUAUUUGCCGACUCUCUUAGAAAUGGAAUAAAUAGCUCUUCAGCCAUUAUUGCCAAUUUGGUUAGUUAUAAAUUAGGCGACAAUUUUUAUAAUUACAGUGGUCCUUUUAUUGACGUUCGCGAUGUUUCAAAAGCUCAUUUACUUGCAUUUGAGAAACCCGAAUGCGCUGGCCAAAGACUAUUCUUAUGUGAAGAUAUGUUUUGCUCUCAAGAAGCGCUGGAUAUCUUGAAUGAGGAAUUUCCACAGUUAAAAGGCAAGAUAGCAACUGGCGAACCUGGUAGCGGCUCAACCUUUUUGACAAAAAACUGCUGCAAGUGCGACAACCGCAAAACCAAAAAUUUAUUAGGAUUCCAAUUUAAUAAGUUCAGAGAUUGCAUUGUCGAUACUGCCUCGCAAUUACUAGAAGUUCAAAGUAAAAGCUAA